GAAAGAGUGGAUGAGUCCGGCUUGGGGUGGGGGCGUGGGUGCGCUUGGAGCUCGGCAGAUUUCGGGGCCGCCUCCUCCUGGUCCUCCUCAGAUCAUGAGACUGACGAUGUCCCCGUAGAGAGAGAGAGCGGUGGUCCCCGCCGCUGCUGCUGCUGGGUCGAUGUUCGAAUCCACCACCCUUUCAUUCUUUCUUUCAUUCUGUCUUCCGCUGUGGUGUUAGUUUGUCUGGUCGGAGCUUCGUAGCUGCUGCCCCACUUGACAGUGUAAUUUCGGCAGGCAAGGGAAGGCAAGGGAAGGCAAGAGGGGAUUGGAGUGGGAUUUGGAGUGGGGGCAUGAACCCUGCAUACAUACUUACCCUAGACUCUGUAUUUCUCUGUCUCUCUUCGUUUCUUUCCCUACCCUUUCCUCUUUUUUAGUCCUUCCUUUUGUGUUUUUUGGGGUGUACAAUUGGAAAUGAUGCACCGAAGCUCCAUCGCAAAAUGUGAUGUAGUGGCUUUGUAAAGUUUUGCAGUACAGGUCCUGGCUGGAGAUUUUAGCAACUGUUUUGAUACUGAGGGAGAGGGGGUGUGUGUAAGGAUGGUUCGAAGUGUGUAGUGUGGGGCUUUCAGGCCCUGGGCUGCCAAAAUGCGAAAAGGUGGUGGAGUGCAUUUGGAGACCGUGUAUAGACGAGGAUUGUCGAUUUGGGCGGGCAGUUGUGAUGUGGAUAUGACCUAGUAUUUUUAGGUUCGAUUCAUGUUCGCGCCUGGUUUGAAAAUUCGAUAGGAUUCGGCUGUUAGAUAUGGGCUUUUGGGAGUUUCAAUUGCAAUAUUGCUGCAGAAACCGAAAUAAUUUCCAGCAUUGAUGGUCUGAAUAUUGACCCAACAAGUUUUGGUUCUGUUUAUCUUAUUUUGUUUUAUAUAUAUAUAUAUAUAUUUUUUUUUUGGGAGCAAAAAUCUGUCUGUGAGGUUUGGCGAAGAAAGGGUGUCAAGAUGGCGGACAGUCACCUGUCGCAAGUACAGCUGAUUCAGUCCCUCAUAGACGUGGUUAAUACCAUAGGUUUAAAAGGAGAUUAUAUCAAAAGCCACAAGAAGGAGUGUGCUUUGCUGACCAGGAGAGUGAAGCUGCUGGCACCACUAUUCGAAGAGCUGAGGGAGUCUCGUCAGAAGAUGUCUUAUAAAACUUGUACUGCUCUUCAUGACUUAGAAGAAGCUCUGCAAUCAGCGAACAAGUUGCUCCAAAUGUGCCAUGAUGGAAGCAAGCUAUACCUGGUCUUGGAGAGACAAGCUGCCGCAGAGCAAUUUGAUAAAGUGAAUGCCGACCUGGAGUGUGCACUGGAUGCACUUCCAUACGAUCAGUUUGCUUCAGAUGAAGUUAAAGAACAGGUUGACCUUGUUCGAAGCCAGCUCAAACGUGCUAAAGGGAGGGUAGAUAACCACGAUUCACAAAUCCAUUCAAGUUUGGUUGCAGUCCUACAUGAGAAGGAGGAUAGUUCAGCUGGAUUUGAAGAACUUCAGAUGUUAGCGGAGAAACUUGAACUGCGAACUCCUGCUGCCAUUAGACAAGAGAAUCAAGCAUUGCAGGAGAUGAUGCUUGAGAAACAGAACCUUGGUGACGAUAAUCAUGAGCAGGAAAUGUGCUUUCAACAGUUGUUCACUGUUUUGCGAAAGCUGACGAGUAUCUUACCACCAGAAGAAUCAGAUGAGGACACUCCUGAGUUAGACAGGGUAAACAUUGCAGCUGGAGUUUACGUAUCAAAGGCUACGAAGCACCACGCAGAGAUCCGAGCAGGGUUAGGUAUUGAGGGACGGGGUUCGCAGAUAUCAGAUGUCGAAAGCGCGGGCGCUGAGAAAGCGAAGAUGCAAGUAGUACCCGACGAUUUCAAGUGCCCGAUUUCGUUGGACUUAAUGAAAGAUCCUGUAAUUGUUGCAACUGGGCAGACCUAUGAACGUGCAUGUAUACAAAGAUGGCUGGAUAGUGGUCACAAGACUUGCCCAAAGACAGGUGUUCUCCUAACUCACUUGGGGCUGACCCCCAAUUACAGUCUUCGUAGUGUUAUUGCCCAAUGGUGUGAAUCUGUUGGCAUGGAAGUUCCCAAUCAGGUCAGUAGCAAACCGAAACCAUCUAAACUAUUAGAAUAUUCUUCUGGCGAGCGUGCCACUGUUGAACAUCUUCUUCUAAAACUCAGAAGCGGCCAAGCUGACAUGCAGCGGGCCGCAGCUGGAGAGCUUCGGUUAUUGGCAAAGAGGAAUGUUGAGAACAGAGUCUGUAUUGCUGAAGCGGGGGCUAUACCUUUGUUAAUCGGCCUCCUCUCGACUGAAGAUCUGAAAACCCAGGAGCAUGCAGUGACUGCUUUGCUAAACCUGUCCAUCAAUGAUGCUAACAAAGGAAUCAUUGUAAAUGCCGGAGCUAUCAAGCCAAUUGUGGAAGUUCUUAAGAACGGAAGCAAGGAGGCCCGAGAGAAUGCUGCAGCUACUUUAUUUUCUCUUUCAGUGGUGGACGAAAACAAGGUAACUAUCGGAAGCCUUGGGGCCAUUCCUGCUCUUGUUGAUCUAUUGAAGGAUGGAACCGCACGGGGGAAAAAAGACGCCGCUACUGCUUUAUUUAAUCUGUCAAUAUACCAGGGGAACAAAGCUCGCGCAGUAAGGGCUGGUGUAGUUCCACCUCUCAUGGACUUGUUGAGAGAUCCUAGUGCCGGUAUGGUAGACGAAGCCCUUGCUAUUCUUGCCAUUCUAGCCACUCAUCCGGAUGGUCGCUUGGCCAUUGGGCAAGCUUCAGCUUUACCUAUACUUGUGGACCUCAUAAAAUCAGGCUCUCCUCGAAAUAAGGAAAAUGCUGUAGCAAUAACUGUUAACUUGGCCACCCAUGACCCCGUGCAUCUGGUGACAACUUACAAGUUGGGAGCUCAAGAUCCAUUACGUUCUCUUGUAAAUGAUGGAACUCCGCGUGCAAAGAGAAAAGCUGCCCAACUUCUUGAGAACAUGCGGAAGCAGUUGGAAUCCACCCAGCCGUUUACAGGCUCAGAAUGUUGUACGUAGCGUGGUUUUAAUUAUAGUUCUAGUUCAUAUCAUUUUACGAACAAGUCGAAAAUCUUUUGCCUAUCAUAGCGUGAGCAGCGGAGAUCCAUGCUCGAGUGUAAAAUGAGUAAUCGACUCAUGCGGGAAGGAGCUGCUAUCUUGUACUCUUGUGGAAGCCCAGAAGGAAUCACCACAUCAAGGUAUUAGGCUAUACUAGGAGGUGACGUGUGCUGCACCAGGAAGUGGGUGUCAAUGGUUUCGAUUGGGGACUCUUUUGCGACGCUGUUGUUUUGCGGCUGACAUAUAACUCCUAAAACUUUAACUGUUUUUUAUGAAUUUGGAAGUGCUGCAAUAUGUGGUUUUCACAACU